AUCACACUGGUCGCACACUCUCUCCUCAGUCUCAUCUCCUCCUGAUCAUACUUCAACCUCCACAUGGCUUCCGUCGCCGCAAGUCCCGCCUUCUCCCUCCUCAACUCCACCGGAGCCAUUGCCUCCUCCUCCGCAACUCGCGCGCGCGCCUCCCUUCUACCAAUCCCCUCCGCGCGCCGUUCUCCUCUCGGCUUCUCCGCCGUCCUCGACUCCCACCGUUUCUCCCUCCACGUGGCCUCAAAGGUUCGCUCAGUGCGCGGGAGAAGGACCAGGGGAGUCGUCUCCAUGGCGAAGAAGAGCGUCGGUGACUUGAGCUCAGCUGAUUUGAAAGGGAAGAAGGUUUUCGUGAGAGCUGAUCUGAAUGUGCCUCUCGAUGAUAAUCAGACGAUUACUGACGACACGAGGAUCCGUGCCGCCAUUCCGACGAUCAAGUAUUUGAUUGAGAAUGGUGCUAAAGUCAUCCUCUCUACUCAUCUGGGAAGACCAAAGGGAGUGACACCAAAGUUCAGUUUGGCUCCUCUUGUCCCUAGGCUGUCUGAACUUCUAGGUAUUGAGGUCAAGAAAGCUGACGACUGUAUCGGUCCGGAAGUGGAGAGCUUGGUGGCUUCUCUCCCCGAAGGUGGAGUUCUGCUUCUUGAGAACGUCAGGUUUUACAAGGAGGAAGAGAAGAACGAUCCUGAGUUCGCUAAGAAGCUCGCUUCACUAGCUGACCUUUACGUUAACGAUGCUUUUGGAACUGCUCACAGAGCUCAUGCUUCCACCGAGGGAGUCACAAAGUUCUUGAAACCUUCAGUUGCUGGUUUCCUUCUUCAAAAGGAGCUUGAUUACCUUGUGGGCGCUGUUUCGAACCCAAAGAGACCAUUUGCAGCCAUCGUGGGUGGUUCCAAGGUGUCGUCCAAGAUUGGAGUUAUUGAAUCGCUUCUUGAGAAGUGUGAUAUCCUUCUUCUUGGUGGUGGGAUGAUCUUUACGUUCUACAAGGCACAAGGUCUUUCUGUUGGCUCGUCACUUGUUGAAGAAGACAAACUUGAGUUGGCUACGUCUCUCCUUGCUAAAGCUAAGGCUAAAGGCGUCUCUCUUUUGUUGCCAACCGAUGUUGUGGUUGCUGACAAGUUCGCCCCUGAUGCCAACAGCAAGGUUGUGCCAGCAUCAGGCAUUGAGGACGGAUGGAUGGGACUGGACAUAGGUCCGGACUCAGUGAAAACAUUCAACGAGGCUCUGGACACAACACAGACAGUCAUUUGGAAUGGACCUAUGGGAGUUUUCGAGAUGGAGAAGUUUGCUGCUGGAACAGAGGCGGUUGCGAAUAAACUAGCAGAGCUAAGUGAGAAAGGAGUGACAACUAUAAUAGGAGGAGGAGACUCAGUGGCUGCAGUGGAGAAAGUAGGAGUUGCAGGAGUCAUGAGUCACAUCUCCACUGGUGGUGGAGCCAGCUUGGAGCUCUUGGAAGGCAAAGUACUUCCCGGUGUGAUCGCUCUUGAUGAAGCCAUCACUGUCACCGUUUAGAAAACUCACCCUUUUGAUGAGAGGCCAACUGAUGUAUACUUCUUUUGCUGUAAAUCAUCAUCUACCUUACCUAUUCAAGACUAUGAUCUUUUUUUUCAAAUAAGUACUUGUUGGUCUUAAAAGAA